AUGAACAAACGUUCCAUGCGAAAUAUGGAUAUGCGAAUGUUUCUGGCUCGCUAUCCGUUAACUGUAUUGCCGGCUUCAGUUUUCAAACCGUUCAUGGCUAGUGUAAAGAAGUUCCUUCUCGUACAUUUGUUCAAAUUUCGAACGGACAAUCUGCUUUAUACGCAACCUCCGGAAUUUCCUUCCGAAGAUCAGCUGCCUCAAUUUAUCACCGUCAUUGGAACUAUGAGACAACUAGAAAGAAAUUAUCCUCAUCUGGCUCGUACGGUACACGAAAUGAUCGUUAACAUCACACAUUUCACCAUUACCUAUUGUCUGGAUUGGAUUUGUGAGGUGCUUAUUUUGAACUGUGACAGAAAUGGGUUCGUGACGUAUAGCUACCCCACGGUAAAACGGUCUACUGAGGAGACUGGUAAGCGGAAUAAAGAAACCGCGGAAUCUUUAGAAAGUGAUCCUGAGAUCUCCAAGAAACAGAAAGAGGAGGCCGAUGGGCCCGAACAGCAGGAUGAAAAUUCACGCUGUUUAGAGAUGGAUGUCGAAUCUCCAAAUUCUUGUAUUUUAAGUGAGGGAGAACCGAAGAUAACCGAUGAAAAGCGUGAUAACGAAGAGGCACUGGAAACCGAUGGUCCAUCAACUAGUGACAUACCGACAACAACAGAUCAGCAACCAUCUCUUAUGGAUGCAGAUACACAGUCUGCAUCAUCGCAGGCACCGGAAGGUUCACCUUGUGGUGGUGAACCUUUGACGAAAGCCUCUACCGUACAACAUUCCUGGGCAGAUAUGCUGGAUACAGCUCUCUCGGAUCCUAAUCUACCAGCUCACUAUAAAACGAUGAUUCGUUGUUUGGUUGCCAGUAACAGAGACUUGAGGAACGUUCUCGCUAUAAUGAAAUCUCAAAAGCCAUAA